AGUCCAUCGCGCGAAUUAACGGAAGGAUGAUGAUCUCUUUCAUCGUAGAUUUCGAUCAGAAACCAAGGUUAGAAAUACGAAACGAAACAAUGAGGAGUUAUAAACGAUAUAUAGACGAAUUAUUCGCAAAAAUAAUACGUUGAAGUGAAGCGUGGAUCGUGAGAAGAAAAGAGAUGGGUGAAAGUAUUGAACACGGUUCGAUAAGCGAAAAUCGAGCGCGGCUGCCGCCAUGAAAGCAAAGAGAAAGACAGGUCAGGCGCACGCCGAGACUUUUAAUGCAAGCGCAAUGCUCUCGUGCGCGGUGGAAUUCGGUUCCCUUUAUGGCGGACGUUGGAACGGUUCCCAUAAUAGCGCGGUGCCACUCGUGGAAAUAACAUUUUUCUCCCGAGGAAGUUUUGGUGGCUGGGAUGAGGCAUUGAGGAAAAUUGAAUUUGGCUGAUUGGGAUCUCGUUGCGUGGCUCGAUGGAUCCUGGAUAGAUUGUAGCAUCGAAGAAUGAGGUAAAAAAGUUUAAUGGCGAAUGAGGAUCUAUCUCGCAAUCUUAUCAUCCAGGAAGGAAGAAACGUAAUGACAAUUGACGAAGGAAGAUGGCGAGAGAGGGAGAGAGAAGGAAAAGCACGAAGUUAGCGGUACAGAGGUCAAGACGAGGCUAGGUAUUGAGAAAGACUGUACCUAUUCGUCAUUAAUUUUCACUCUCGGCAAUCAGUGCUUGUGUUUUUUCGCUCUCAUUUUCACUCCGAUCAGCCACGUCGAUCCACAAAAAUUUUUCACGUACGUACGAAGAUUGGAAAAAUCGUGCAAACGGUUGUGAGACGAGGGAAUAGGAAAUUUGGUGGAAAUCUGUUAACAUCGUCGGUAAUGAAGUGAAAUUCUAGUGUAAUUCUUUCUUUCGUGCCUUUCUUUUUUCCACGUGUGAUUCGAUGAAUAGUGAUUUUUAUGUUUUGAAAAAUUUUGUCGCGUGUUAUCAUCGAGUGAGGUGUUUCGAAUUUUUUUCGUUGCUAUUGUGAAAAAGAAAAAAAAAGAAAGAAAGAAAGAAAAUAUUGGCACAGAUCAGAUUCUCUGAUUUGAACUUUUUAAUAUCGAGUUUGGAUCAGACAAUUGGAUACGUGCUUGAUGAAACCUUAAUUAAAAAAAAAAAAAAAAAAAAAAAAUGGCAAUAGGAUUAACUACUUUAUUCAGUGCUACAUCGAUUCUCGGAUUCACUUUGAUUCCCCUUGUAGCUAUCGGUUUGACAAUAUACAAAUACAAUCAAGAGGAUCCAGAAUCUCAUCUUUUCGAUACGAAACAGCUUCUACGAAUGUACGAUUUUAUAGUGGUCGGCGGAGGAAGCGCCGGUGCAGUGGUCGCAUCGAGAUUGUCAGAGGUAUCCAAUUGGACCGUGUUGCUUUUGGAAGCAGGUGGCGACGAGACUGAAAUUUCCGAUGUCCCUUUACUGUCUGGUUAUAUGCAACUGACAGACAUGGACUGGAAAUAUCAAACUUCACCGCCCACCACAUCGGCCUAUUGCCUCGCAAUGAUCGGCGACAGAUGCAACUGGCCACGAGGAAAAGUGCUCGGCGGCAGCAGUGUAUUGAACGCCAUGGUUUAUGUCCGGGGUAAUCGCCGCGACUACGACAACUGGGCGAGACUGGGCAACACAGGUUGGAGUUACGAGGAUGUGCUCCCAUACUUCCUCAAGUCCGAGGACAACCGGAAUCCGUACCUGGCCAGGACUCCGUACCACGCAACGGGUGGUUACCUGACCGUCCAGGAAUCGCCGUGGCGUAGCCCAUUGUCGAUCGCGUUCCUGCAGGCUGGCCAAGAGCUCGGCUACGCGAACCGUGACGUGAACGGGGCGUACCAGACCGGUUUCAUGCUGAACCAGGGGACGAUUCGCCGGGGCAGCCGUUGCUCCACGGCCAAGGCGUUCCUCAGGCCGGUCAAGAACCGACCGAACCUUCACGUGGCUAUGAAAACCCAAGCGUUGAGAAUAGUGUUCAACGAGGGGAGGAGGGCGACGGGGGUCGAGGUACUUAGAUACGGGCGCCACCAUUUCAUACGAACUAGACGGGAGAUAGUUCUUUCCGCUGGCGCCAUCAACACGCCGCAACUGUUGAUGCUGUCCGGCAUAGGACCCAAGGAGCAUCUGGCCGAGUUCGGUAUCCCCGUGAUAUCCGAUCUCAGGGUCGGCGACCACCUCCAGGAUCACGUGGGUCUCGGUGGCCUCACGUUCGUCAUUGACGAGCCGGUGAGCCUGAAGAGAGACCGUUUCCAAACCUUAUCCGUGAUGAUGCAAUACGUCCUCCACGAGAGGGGGCCUAUGACGGACUCGGGCGUAGAGGGCGUUGCGUUCGUCAACACGAGGUACGCGGACAAGAUGGACGAUUAUCCGGACAUCCAGUUCCAUUUUCUUCCAAGCUCGAUCAACUCGGACGGGGAGCAGAUUAAGAAGAUUCUCGGGCUCAGGGAGAGCGUGUACAACACGAUGUACAAACCGUUGACGGGGGCCGACACCUGGUCGAUCCUACCGCUCCUGCUCAGGCCAAAGAGUUCCGGUUGGAUACGAUUGAAGAGCAGGAACCCGUUGGUUUAUCCCGACAUAAAUCCGAAUUAUUUCACACGGAAGGAGGACGUGGACGUGUUGGUGGAUGGUAUACGGAUAGCGAUGAGCGUCUCGAACACGACCGCUUUCAGGAGGUUCGGCUCGAGGCCGCACACGAUCCGUAUGCCCGGCUGUCACAGGUAUCCAUUCGACACGUACGAUUAUUGGGAGUGCGCGAUCAGGCAUUUCACGUUCACCAUCUAUCAUCCCGUGGGCACGUGCAAGAUGGGGCCGAGGAGCGAUCCCACCGCUGUCGUCGAUCCAAGGCUCAGGGUGUACGGGGUAAAGGGAUUGAGAGUGGCGGACGGAUCCAUCAUGCCGGAGAUCGUGAGCGGGAACCCGAACGCGCCGAUAAUCAUGAUUGGCGAGAAGGCGAGCGAUAUGGUGAAGGAGGAUUGGAUGCGCUAGGGAGGGGGGAGAAUGGAUUCGUGACAGUUGACGGAAUUUCUUUUAUAUAUAUAUAUAUGAGUGUUGUGUGUUCGUUUAAAUUUUUUCAAUUGUUUUUAUUUGUCUUUAAAGAAUAAUUUAAAGGAGAUAUAAGAAAGGAGAAUGGAUUGGUUAUUUUAAUAUAUGUGUGUCGUUUGAUGUGUGAUUGUUCGUUUUUUAUUUGUUGUUGUCUUUAAAGAAUAAUGUAAAAGAAUGUGUGAUAUGUAAUUAUUAUCGCGAAAAGUGAAAAGUUUGAUAUUUAAAU